AUGUCUUCAAAUGAAGUUCAACCACCAAGCGAAGGGCCAGUCACGAAUGAAGCCCAAGCUCAGGCCCUGAGCGCGGCUCCAGCCUCGAACGCGCGACAACCCCCGAUUGCCGGGUAUCGAAACCCGAUCCACAAUCCAUUCCCAGCCUCUCUUGCCAGCGAAUGUAGAAAAGCCGGCCAAAUCAUCGAUUCAUUCGUGAAUCCCAAAUAUGCGGGUCUGGAAGGCGCAAUUCCCGGUCGCAUCCUCGCCCCAGCCAAAGGACUGGUAAUCUGCAGCGUCUUCAAAGCCGGCUUCCUAGGAUCCGUGCGCUUUGGCUCUGGACUGAUUGUAUGCCGCCUCCCUGAUGGCACCUGGUCCGCGCCAUCAGCCAUCUCGCUGGGCGGGUUAGGCGCUGGAGGUCAAUUCGGCAUGGAAUUCACCAAUUUCGUUUUCGUCCUCAACACCGACGCCGCAGUCACGACUUUUAUUAAUUCGGGGACUCUGACCCUGGGCGGGAACAUCUCGAUAGCGUUUGGCACUGGUCGAAGCGCCGAGACCGCGGCUAUGAUCGGGACUAAAGGUGUCGCGGGCAUUUUUGCCUAUUCCAAGACCCGUGGUGUAUACGGCGGGUUAACCCUUGAGGGAGGUAUGAUUGUGGAGCGGUCCUCUGCGAACAAGAAGCUGUAUGACCGCAAAUUGAAAGCGAAGGAGCUUCUUACUGGUGAAGUUCCGCCGCCGCCGCAGGCUGAACCACUUAUGCGCAUUCUCAACUCCGAGGCCUUCCGUCUUCCAUCUGGGGGUGAGCAGUCUCUAGCUGAUGGUCUACCUGCGUCAGCAGCGGAUGCUCAAACUGCGGGAGCUCAGGUGGCUGGCGCUCCAGCUCCGGAAGUUUCUGCUCCAGAAGGUUCUGUUCCAGAAGUUCCUGCUGUGGAAGCUUCGCGUGCGGAAGUCCCAAUUGCAGAGGCUCCAGUUCCAGAAUCUCAAGCUGCAGACGUUCAAGUGCCAGAAGUUCAAACGCCAGAAGCUGUAGUUGCAGAGCCUUCUUCUCAGCAACCCGAGGGACCUGCAGAACCCGUUGCCACUGGCGCCGUGCCUGAAAUAGAAACGACAUCACCCCAAGCACCGUCUACCGAAAAAGAUGUCCAAAAUGCAUCUCCGCAGGCUUCAACACAACCCAUAGAGGAUUCGGUCAUUGUGCAACACAUUACCGAGGGAAAUACUCCCGAGAUCAUCCAUGAUGUACCACAGAACACUUCAGGGGCCACAGCAGAAGGCCAUCCACCUCCUGCAGUUGAUACCCAGCCUCCGGAUCAAUCUCAGCCCCAGCCUAACCAGUUGCCUGCGGCCCUUAGCGAUGAAAAUCUGAAGAGAUAA